AUGCUCAGGUCUACAUACAAGAAAUCGGCGCCGACGUCGGGCUCUGGCACCGACCCACCCCCGCUACCUCCAGGAUGGGUCGAGCACAAAGCACCAACUGGCCAUUCCUAUUACUAUCACGCAGAGACCGAGACGAGCACAUAUACACGUCCCUCGCUUCCUUCUGAAGAGCCGCUACAUAUCGACUAUGGCGCCACCGAACCCGACCACGUUGUCCGGGCAUCCAUGCAUGCCAUGGGCGAGUUCAACAGGAAUAAUGCUGCUGGUCCUGGUCAUUUCACGGGCGGCCGGAGUUACCAAGAACACUCCAGGCGUCGGGGAAACCAGGGCGAUCGUCCAAAGUCCAAAACAGCUAUUUCAUCUUGUGCGCCAUGGGUGCUCGUGAAGACCAAGCUGGGCAGGAGAUUUGUUCACAACACCGAGACUAAACAGAGUCUCUGGAAAUUCCCCCAAGACGUUAUGAUGGCUGUCAUCAAAAUGGAUACACUCGAGUGGCAAGAGAAGAAUAAGAAGAAGGCCGAGAGCACCCCUGAUGGAAAUGACGAAGAACAAGGCAAAUUACAGCUGCCACAAGGAGCUGAAGGAGCAAGCUCGAUGGAACCCAAAGAGCCGACAGUAGGUGGUAAUUACGAUAGCGAUUCAUACGAGGAAGUUGAAGUUACCGAUGACGACGAUGACGACGGCGGCCCAGCCACUACAAAACGGCCUCGCAUAUCACAAGAUCGCGAAACCACUCCACCACCCACUGGGCCUGUCGAGUUCAACGAGGAUGACAUCGCCUGGCAACUCGCACAGAUGGAAGGGGAUUACUCCGGCCAAUACGACAACGGCGGCGAGCACGAAAACGGCAGAGAUCCAGACGACGACGAAGGCGUCCCACUCACCGCAGCCGACAACAUAGCACUCUUCCGCUCACUACUCGACGACUCAGGCAUCUCACCCUACAGCGUGUUCGAGAAGGUAAUCGAAGACAUGAACAUUGUUCAAGACUCACGCUACAUUGCCCUCCCCAACACCUCAUCCCGGAAAGAAGCAUUCCUCCAAUGGUCGAAAGACCGCAUCGCAUCGAUCCAAGCCCAGAAGAAAGAACAAGAAGCCCAAGAAGACAAGUCCAACGACCCCGCCGACCCAACCACGCUCUCCAAAUCCGCCCUCAAAGACCCUAAAAUUCAAUACCUCCGCUUGCUGCACGCCUCCGCAACGCCGAAGCUCUACUGGCCGGAAUUUAAGCGCAAGUACAAGAAAACAGCCGCGAUGAAGGACCUCGCGCUGCCGGACAAGGAUCGCGAGAAGCUGUACCGCGAGUACAUCUCCAAGAUGAAGCUGUCAGACACCGAGCGGCGCAAGGAGCUCGUUGCGUUCCUCAAGGCCGCGGUCAUCCCCAGCCAUGUGAGGAACGUCGAGCAGCUGCCUUUGUCCGUCCUGAGGGAUCUGCGGUUCUACCUCGUCGAGGAGCGGAGGAGGGAUGAGCUUGUGAACACCUUCUUGGAGGCCGCGAGGUAG